GCCACCUUCCCUUUCGAAGAGGCAGCUGUGAGAGAGAGGAGAGUUGAAAACUCAUACUCUCUCCCCUCUCUCUGUCACUCUCCUAACAUCAUCUAAAAAAAACUUGAGCUUUGUGAUUAAUCAGAGGUUGGGGUUUUGGGGUUUUGAUUGGGUUGUGGGGAAGAUGAAGAACGAGGAGCAAGCGAGGUUCUUGUUUGGGAUCUCACUGUCUGAUAGGCCGAGUUGGCGGCAGUUCAUCAUUUGCUCUUCUGGCUUCUUCUUUGGUUACCUUGUCAACGGCAUCUGCGAAGAAUACGUGUAUAAUCGUCUCCGAUUCAGCUAUGGAUGGUACUUCACCUUUGUACAAGGGUUUGUAUAUAUUGCACUAAUGUACCUUCAAGGCUUCACCACCAAGAACAUGGUGAAUCCAUGGAAGACAUAUGUGAAGCUUUCCGCCGUUCUUAUGGGUUCUCAAGGAUUGACCAAGGGAUCCUUGGCUUGGCUUAAUUACCCUGCACAGAUAAUGUUCAAAUCCACAAGGUUAUUGCCGGUGAUGUUGAUGGGUGCAUUUGUCCCGGGAUUGAGAAGGAAAUAUCCAAUUCAGGAAUACAUCUUGGCAACGCUUCUAGUGAUUGGUUUGAUCCUUUUCACCUUAGCAAAUGCAAAAACAUCUCCCAAUUUUAGCAUGGUUGGUGUAAUUAUGAUAUCUGGUGCUCUAAUCAUGGAUGCAUUUUUGGGUAACUUGCAAGAAUCAAUUUUUACCUUGAAUCCUGAUACUUCACAGACAGAGAUGUUGUUCUGCUCAACAGUAGUUGGGUUGCCAUUUUUGCUUCCACCCAUGAUUCUUACAGGAGAAUUGGUUAGGGCGUGGAAUUCUUGUUCUGAGCAUCCUUAUGUGUACGGGGUUUUAGUGUUUGAAGCCCUAGCCACAAAUGUUGGCCAAGUAUCUGUGCUGUCCCUCAUUGCCCUUUUCGGAGCUGCCACUACUGCCAUGAUUACAACGGCGAGAAAGGCAGUCACAUUGUUGCUUUCAUACAUGAUAUUUACAAAGCCCUUGACGGAUCAACACGGGACAGGGCUGCUGCUGAUAGCCAUGGGAAUCAUAAUGAAAAUGCUGCCCGAAAACAAAGUCCUGGGUUGGAGUGUGAUCUCACAUACUGCUGCCAAACAUGCAAACUCUUUCAAACUAGGGAAGAGUAGAACAGCAAAUGAAACAGAAGAGGAAAGGCCCUUGGUCUGAAGUAUUGAGGGCUGCAGUUUUCUUUCUACUUGAUUUUUUGAAUUUAGUUCUCCAUACACCCCAAGGAUUAAAGAAAGGAAAGGAGAGAAGGUGACAAGGCAAAUGUUAGCUAGUUUAGCUCCCUGGUGGGAAAAAUUAUGAGCAUUAAUGUGAAGGGGAAUGGCUAGGAGUUAGUUUCUUCCAAAAGAUCAUGUUGAUCAAAGAAAUAGUGGUAAAAACGUACCAUCCUUAUUUUAAAUUUAACAAGAAUCCAAUUUAAAGCAAUCAUGUUUUCAUCUAAAAGACUUGGACUACUUGGAUCUAACAAAAGUUAUAAGAUUCAUAUAGCCGACCUUACUUAGUGGGACAAGGCUUUGUUGUUGU